AUGGGCAACGUCUGUCUGAGGCUCCGGGCGUACAUGGAGCCCUGUCUUCCCUGCUUGUCCCAGGAGGCAGACAAGCCAGUGGUGAUUGAGAAUCCAGGGGCCCGUUCCUCCCCUGACACUCCCCGGUCACAGAGGCAGGAGCCAGAGACAAGCCAGGGCCGCUACUUUGUGGCUCUGUUCGAUUAUCAGGCUCGAACCGCAGAGGACCUGAGUUUCCGUGCAGGCGACAAACUCCAAGUCCUGGACACUUCCCAUGAGGGCUGGUGGUUUGCCAGACGCUUGGAGAAAAGAGGAGAUGGCUCCAGGCAGCAACUGCAGGGUUAUAUUCCUUCUAACUAUGUGGCCGAGGACAGGAGCCUACAGGCAGAGCCGUGGUUCUUUGGAGCAAUAAAAAGAGCAGAUGCAGAAAGACAGCUCCUAUAUUCAGAAAAUCAGACGGGUGCCUUCCUAAUCAGAGAAAGUGAAAGCCAGAAAGGAGCUUUCUCCCUUUCAGUUUUAGAUGAAGGAGUUGUGAAACACUACAGAAUCAGACAACUGGAUGAGGGGGGCUUUUUCCUUAGCCGGAGAAGAGCCUUUUCAACACUGAGUGAGUUUGUGAGCUACUACACCAGGACAAGUGAUGGCCUAUGUGUCAAGCUGGGAAAACCAUGCUUAAAGGUACAGGUCCCAGCUCCUUUUGAUUUGUCAUAUAAAACUGUGGACCAGUGGGAGAUAGACCGCAACUCUGUACAGCUUCUGAAGCGAUUGGGAUCUGGUCAGUUUGGCGAAGUAUGGGAAGGCCUGUGGAACAACACAACUCCAGUGGCGGUCAAAACAUUAAAACCAGGUUCAAUGGAUCCAAAUGACUUCCUGAGGGAGGCACAGAUAAUGAAGAGCCUCAGACAUCCAAAGCUUAUCCAGCUUUAUGCUGUUUGUACUUUAGAAGAUCCAAUUUAUAUUAUUACGGAGUUGAUGAGACAUGGAAGUCUGCAAGAAUAUCUCCAAAAUGAUGCUGGGUCAAAAAUCCAUCUGACUCAACAGGUAGACAUGGCGGCACAGGUUGCCUCUGGAAUGGCCUAUCUGGAGUCCCAGAACUACAUCCACAGAGAUCUGGCUGCCAGAAAUGUCCUCGUUGGUGAACAUAAUAUCUACAAAGUAGCAGAUUUUGGACUUGCAAGAGUUUUUAAGGUAGAUAAUGAAGAUAUCUAUGAAUCUACACACGAAAUAAGGCUACCAGUGAAGUGGACUGCACCUGAAGCCAUUCGUACUAAUAAAUUCAGCAUUAAGUCUGAUGUAUGGUCAUUCGGAAUCCUUCUUUACGAAAUCAUUACUUAUGGCGAAAUGCCUUAUAGUGGUAAGACAGGUGCUGAGGUAAUCCAGUUGUUGGGUCAAAACUAUAGACUCCCACAACCAUCUAACUGUCCACAGAAAUUCUACAGCAUCAUGUUGGAGUGCUGGAAUGCAGAGCCUAAGGAACGACCAACAUUUGAGACACUGCACUGGAAACUUGAGGACUAUUUUGAAGCAGACUCUUUAUAUUCAGAUACAAAUAAUUCAUAA